UAUAUACGUCUUCUCUGCUUAAAAUUAAGUUUAAGCGUGGCAGACGACAGCAGACAAAGAGAGUUUAAGGAAAUCCGGUUGAAGUUGUUCACUUUUGAUCUGCUGACAACGCAGUGACAUUUCUCGGCUAACGUGUGAACGUUAUUCUUCGUUCAUUGCGAUAAUUUGAAUUUUUGUGUAGAAUAAUAAUGUUGACAAUUAAAGAACCCGAAUAAAUAUAACUCCAUAUUAGUGAAAAUAGAUCCAUAUUAGUGUUAGAGACUUAAAUAAGGCGGUUAUGAGGCUUCUGUAUCAAAAACUGCCUAUUCUAUGAUAUUUUUCCCUUAUUUUUCAUUUAAUUUAUCAAAAUCGUUAUGGCAGAAAAGUGUAAGGAAUGCGGCUGUGAAUGCACAAAAUGUACGGAGAAGGAUCUUCGGCAAUGUGACAUGCACUUGCAUGUAGAGAUAGAAAAUCUACGUCAAAGGUUGUUGGAAAGAGAUAACCAUAUUGUAACAAUGGAAACGCAAUUUUUAAACGAAGCUGAAAAAUUUCCUAACGGAGAGUUGGCUUCGAUCAAGGAAGAGAUUCUCGUUUGGCAAGAAAAAUAUCAAAGGUUGUAUGAUGCGCAUAAAAGAAUUCAAAAAGUUAAUCAAAAUCUCGAAGAUAAAUUACUAAGAAUAGUCGACAAGUGUGAGAGCGAAAAGGGUACUUUCACUAAGGAUAUAGCUACUUUGUCGCAUCGAUUGGCGGAUGCUAAUUAUACUAUUCAUCGUUUGACUCAAGAUAAUGAAAGGUAUAGAAAUGAUGUGAAUUUAGCUAUUCAACUACUUCAAUGUAAGCCUUCUAAUUUUGUUGGGCAGAAAUAUGAUUCGUUGCCUACUGAAGUACAAGCCAAAGUUAGAACAUACAUUGCCCAUAAAAGAUGUUCUAAGGAUCCAUCACCGCCCAAUAUGAAAAGCAUUAUUGUACCUAUAUCAACAUUUCCUCCUACUGCGAUGGUUUACAAUAUAUCUAAGCAAGGAGUGGAAAAGCAUAGCGAUGAAGAUGACAUAGAAGAAUCUAAGCCUCCCAUUGAUGUAGUAUCGGCUGCUAUUAUGGCCAAAGUAUUGGAAGACAGAGAAAAAGAAAGAAUUUUUGCUAAACACUGUGAUACGUGCACAUGUCAUAAAAGUAUUUUAUUGAUCGAUGCCGAAUGUCAGACGGUAAAUAAUUCUGAUGCUUCAUGUAACGAAUGCACUUUGAGACAUGUACAGACUGAAGAGAAGCAUUCGGAAUAUUUAAACAAAGUUAAUAAAUCGUUCCAAACUAGAAGUAAUCAAAAUUCUAAUGCAAACUUGAUUUUUCAAAGACAUUGCCAAGAUGGUGUCGACAAUAGUACCACCCAUUUUCAUAAUAAUUCAGAUUGUACAAAAUAUUCAAAUUCCACGCAGUAUUUAUAUAAUGUUAAAGAUAAUAAACUUGCCAUUAAAGGUAAUAAAAAUUUACCAGACUUAAGGGAUGAUAAUAAAAAGGAUUCUAUGCGACAAGACAAUAUGGAAACUCAUACCCAGGUUGAAAUAUUAAGUAGUGACAAGCAAACAUCUUUAAGAAGCAACAGAAAUAUUAAUACGUCUUCUAAUAUAAUAACCAAUAUUCCUCCACUUUCUAGUACGUCUGUUACCUUUAAUAAUAUUAUGUCAACUAAUACUGUUAAUAGCAUUAGUGGAGAUCAAUCAAAACAAACACGAACAAGUAAAAAAUCUGAUUUUCCAUUAGAUGCUACUAAAUCUAAUACAAGCAAUUGGACUAAAUGUGAAACUGAAACUUCUCCCUGUUCUCAUACUACGCCUGAAAACACGAAAAAAUAUUUUAGCAAUAAUGAACAGACUCAAAUAGAUAUUAUUAACGACAGAUUAUGGAAGAAUGAAUGGAUAAAAGCGAAAUCGGAUAUGAAUUCGAAAGAUAAAAGUAAUGAUAAUGUUAUUAGUGAUACAGCAAUAGAUAUUAUUAAUAGUAGAGAUUGGAAAAAUAAUAGAAUGUGGACGGAGCCUCAGAAUCCUACUCAUUUAACUUUGAUUGAAGUGAAAAAUAUAGACAAUGUAAUGGCUCACAAUGAUUGUCGACAAGUUGAAAUUGCUACUAGUCCGAGUUUUAGUAGCGACAGUGUUGUCAUUUCGACCUCCGAUCCUCCUAGUAGCUCUAGCGAUAUUUUACAGUCUUCUAGUGGAGUACAAUCAAUUAAUUCAGUUAAUAAUCAAAAAUCUAAUUCCAAUAAUCGUACAUUAGGUUCAAGAUCUUGUCUUGUUCGGGUAACGACUCAUGGAUCCAAAAAUAUUCCUAUAGAUAAUGCUGGAUAUUGUAAAGCAACCUUAUUUACAAAUGGAAAUAGUAAACCGAAUGCAGCUUUAGUGCACACAAAAAAAACUACUACGAUUGGAUCAGAGAGAUUACCGUCUGUUACUAAUGACAAACAUUCAGUUUUAUUACAAGAUAGUAACCAGUUACAAAGAGUAGCGGAAUGGGUUCAAUCGUCCGCUUGCAUAGACAAUUCUGUACAAAAUAAUUUUAAUGGUUUAAAAAUGAAAGAUAAUAACGGGAAGAAAGAAGAAACCUGUUUGUUUGCUUACGCGAACGAAACUACUUCUAAUCAUAAACCUUUUCAAUUAAGUAACAACCAAUGCCAUGAUAUAAAUAAAAAAGAAGAAUUAAAUAAGGAAAUAGAUAGUAAUAAAGAAGUAAAUUCUUCAUUUACCGCGACGAAUGUUAAUAGUACGCCGAUAGACGACAAGGAAGAAGAUCUAAUUACAUUUGAUAUACCUAAUGAAGAUGAAAAAUCGCAUUUGUCCGUAAAUGAUAAAAAUUCUCUCGAUAACAGUUACGAAGUUAAGAUAACAAGAGAAAUGGAAGAAACGUAUUUAAAGUUAGCAGCGAGUUUAGAUCCAGUAACGCUUAGUUUAUCCGACGUAAAUAAUACCGAUAUUACGAUUGAAAAAUAUAGGAAGAGUUACAAGAGGCUUCAUGCCCAAAGAUCUCACGAUAAAUUAGGAUCAUAGACUUAAGCGUUUUGGCUCUUUUCAAAGAUUGCUACUUUUGCAGGAAGUUCCUUUUAAUAAUAUCAGAGUCUUAUUUUUUGUAAAAAUACGAUAAACUAAGGCUGUACCAAGUUGAGUCAUUUAGAAUGGGAGUUCUACGUGUACAUGUCAAUGCAAAAGAUUAAAGAAUUUUCAUUUAAGUAUAGAAUAUAGAUCAUUAUUAUUGCGUAUAUUAAAUCUGUAAGGAUACCUGAAGAAUAGUGUCUUUGUAUUAACUUCGGCCUAUAGCUUUUACUUUUCAUAUUAUUACUAAUAAAUAAUAACUGAAAUUAGAUACAAAAAAUUCAUAAUGUAUUAUAAGUUAUUCAAAUCAUUUUUACAAUAUCGCUAAUAAAAUUCUUGUCGCCUUAUAUUAAUAUUACAAUAUUUUAAUGGAACUAAUUCUGAUCUCUAAUUGAUCACUCGUAAACUCUCUCCAAUUGGCAUAAAAUAAAUCCUCAAAUACAAAAAA